CGGUGGUCUCGCCACCAGAGCCCCCCGUUCACUGCCGCCCGUUCAGUGCUAGAAAUCCCUCACCCGAUCGACCAUCAUGCCUGCCGGAGAAUCGAAGCUCAAGACCACGCCGCUGGACCCGCGUUUCCCCAACCAAAACCAGGCGCAGCACUGCUGGACGCGCUACAACGAGUUCGUGCUCUGCCUCAAGAACAACGACGGUGACGAGGACACCUGCAAGAAGUACUUCCAGAACGCCGCCUCGAUCUGCCCCAGCUCCUGGGUGGAGCGCUGGGACGAGCAGCGCGAGGAGGGCACGUUCCAGGGCGUGCAGUACUUCAAGGAGGAGUAAAUGUGCUUGGCCACGUGAUGCUGUGUCUUCUCUAUUCUCCCUCCCCUACUUGCUCAUGUUUCAAGGCUCGAGACUUGCACUAUCGGCUCUGGUUAAUGGCAGAAUGUAGCAUUUAGCUCUUGCGCAGUUACAUCCUCUCCAUGCUCAGAAUCGACGUGCGAUGACAGCAAUAUUUUCACGCACAAUGAACAUGUUGCCGUCUGUGGCAAGUUUGCCUCUCUCAGCCUUCAAAAUAAGCGCCAAGUUCAUCAUUAACCUGCAAAUAUCAAACUAAAAAAAAAAGCAUUGCCAGCAUUUUGCCAUCUUGUUUUGCCAA